CUGCCCCGCUGAUAGACGCUCCUGAUCGACGCUGAUGUUUAUAGUUUCGGUUUGGAUCCCGGACCGCGUUAGUCCACCCCUCGGUCUGUAAGUUCGAUAAACUGAUCACAGAGUGUUUUUUGGGGAAAGAGUGAACCAUGAAGAGUGUGAUCUGCGCUCUGCUCCUAUGUGUGCUCUGUCACACGAUGCGUUCACAGGCCGAGAAAUCUCCAAUGGUGAAUGUCUACAGUCAAGAUCGGGGUCUUUGGGGACAGAAGAACGUUCUUAUCUGUCAUGUGAGCAAUAUCGCACCCCCACCAGAGAUCUCCCUGGAGCUGCUGAAGAAUGGACAGGUGAUCCCAGAAACCCAUCAAGCUGACCUGGCCUUCGAUGGAGACUGGUACUACUACCUGACCAAACAUGUUUCCUUCACCCCCGUCAAAGGAGAGCGGUACACCUGCAAAGUCACACACAAGGGCAAAAUUAAUUUCUACGAGUGGGAACCCGAUGAGUGAGUUUAGCUCUCUGAAGUGUUUCAGGAACAGAGGGAGACCUGGGGAACGUCCCUGAUCGUCCUCACCUCCCUCGGUGACACUUUGCCUUUGAAUUGACUAACAGAUUUUAAUUUUGAUCUCACGUUCUGCCUGAGGUUCCAUGCACUUAUAUUUAUUUGUAACAGAACCUGAAAGAAAACGUCUGUUUGAGUUUCUAAAAACAUUGAUCCAAACAUUUUAUAAAUCAAAGAAUAAAUUACAGAACCACACAAGAACAUCCACCAGGUAAAUACUGGAUAGGAAGUGCCAGCUGUUAGAUUAACUACAAAAUAAAAGCCCAUUGGAAUCACUGAUUUCCUGUUGAUGUGUGAUGAUUGUUAUUUCGUAGAGCUUUUGGAUUAUUGAUCUGAUUAUUGAAAAUGUAAAUAUCUGAUAAAUGUGAAUAAUUGUUUCUUAUUUUUUUUACAUUUAUAUCAGAUAAAUCCUGGUGAUGUUUUUGAUAUUUAAAGAAUAUGUAAUGAAAAUGUAAUAACAUAAAUCACAUUUAGUGAGUUUAUGUUGUGAUAUAUCUACUGAGUGUAUACUGCCUGAUCAAUGCAUAUAAUCAAUAAAUCUGAGGAUGACCUGUG